AUGAACCCCUUUAUUGAUCUCGAAGAAUACAAAUACAAAUGCCCAGAUACAUAUAUGCUUAUAUAUUGCGUUCCUGGCUUGAAACUUCCAAGCGAGCACAUCCCAAACUCAGUAUUAUAUAGCCUUGAAGAGGAUGGCGAGCAAUUCAUAAAGCAAGCGAGAUCAAUCGAAAUAGAUGAUGACAAAACUUUAAUUUGUUAUGACCUGGGUGAUCAUCAAUAUGCUUCCAAAGCAUAUUGAGGCUUUCGAGCUUCAGGAUUUGAAGAUGUUCGAGUUUUAUUAGGCGGAAUUAAGACUUGGAAAGAAAAUCACUUAAUUCUUGCCUAAUAUAAAUAAUUUUUUUUUCAAUAUGGAUUACUAUUUAUAUUUUAAGAAAAUUAAUUAAAAAUUAUUUGCCUAGGAGUUAGAAAUGGCUGAAGGGUGCCCAUCUUUUAUUACGAAGUCUAUAAGCCAUUUCAAUUAAUUUAUACUAUUUAUUAAUAUAAAUUGCUAAUAUUAAUACUAAAUUGAAUAGGGAUAUAUCCUUAUUUGCCUUUUAACAGCUCUGUGGUUCUAACUAAGUUUGAUUUUUCUAGACGAGAUAGCUGGUAUCAACAAAUUAUCAGUAUGGAUGAAACCCUAUUUGAAAUCAUUAAUGAAAAUGGCCAAUUGCAAAACCAAUCUCAAAUAUCAAAAUUUCUUAUUGAUAAAGGGGUUCUAUUUGUUAUCCAUAAGCCAACAAUUACUCAUGGAAAAUUUGGCAGUUUAUUAGGACUUUUGCUAGUCUACUUAGGAGCAAAAACUGUUUCAGUAGCUGUGGAUGAUAUCAACGCUCUUAUACCGACUCUUCAAACAAAGAAAACUAGGUCUGUCAAUAGUGGAAGCCUUAGUUCCUCAAUAAGAGGAGCGCCAAGAUCUUUUACAAGUGAGCAAAAUAAUCAUUACUCAAUGAAUCUUCCUAAUUCCAAUAAAAAGAUUGAGCCAGGAAGAUCAGCGAAUAUUUGUGCAGGCUGCUUAAUAAUGUAA